AUGCAUCCAUCAGAUGAUGGAAUGUUGGUCAUGAAAUGCAAUGAUGGCGUAAGAUUAUGCAGACAAGAAGCAUGGGAUUUGUCUAAUCAAGAAGCUUCUCUUCUGUCUACGAUGCAACAAGCAAUUCCAUACAAAUCCUGGCCGCUGCCAUGCAUCGACGCAACUUCCCAUCGUGCCCGUUCAACAACAACACUUGGCAACAACAGACGCGGGAAAGACGUGCUUAAUAUAGUGUCGGAGAACGCUGUGAUAGUGUUGGCCAGGAAAGGUUGUUGUAUGAGCCAUGUAGUGAGGCGUUUGCUGCUGACACUGGGCGUAAACCCUGCGGUUCAUGAGAUUGAUGAAGAGAAUGAGGCUGGUAUUUUGAAUGAAUUAGGCACGAUUUGCAAAGGUACUGAAAACAAUAAAAUGGUUCAGCUUCCGGCUGUGUUUAUUGGUGGGAGGUUGUUUGGGGGAUUGGAUAAAGUCAUGGCUACUCAUAUUAGCGGCGACUUGAUUCCGGUGCUGAAAGAUGCCGGUGCCUUGUGGCUUUGA